CCUUUUUGUUCGGCCAGGACGCAGAGGUCACCGGAACCCGGAACAUCAACAGAGCAAACAAAGGCGGCGAGUGGGGAGGUAAAGUCGGUUCGUUCCACUUCUGGGUUCUGCGGGCAUGUUCUUCGUUUCAUUGCCCACAAACGGUCUACUGAUGGCGGCUCUCAGUCUGUUCCUGACCCGCCUGUCCUGCUCCUCGUUGUCGGUCCCGGACAUCCCCCACAUCGCCGCUUAUUUCGGCACAAAGACCCGGUACGAGGAGGUGAACCCGCACCUGCUGCGGGACGUUUUAUCCGUCAAUACAUCCGUCCUAAAACCUCCUCCCACCGAGCGGUGCUCCCCGGUCCACCUCACCGCGGUCAUCAGGCACGGCAGCCGUUACCCGACCAUCAAGAACGUCCGCAGGAUCCAGAAACUGAGCGAGCUGGUCCGGAGAGAAGCUUCCAAAGGCUCCGAGGGCUCCAAGGUCUGGCUGCGGGACCUCCAGAGCCGCUGGGAGAUGUGGUACACCGAGGACAUGGACGGUCAGCUGGUGAUGAAGGGCAGGGAUGACCUCCGGCAGCUGGCGAGGCGUCUGGCCAUCCUGUUUCCAUCUCUGCUGUCGGAGGAGAACAUGAGGAGGAGGAGGAUCAGUUUCCUGACCAGCUCGAAGCACCGCUGUGUGAGCAGCGUGGAGGCGUUUCAGGAGGGUCUGCAGCAGCACUGGGGGGCCCAUGAUGUCGAGUACAGCCACGAGGUCGACGACAAGCUGAUGCGAUUCUUUGAGCGUUGCCGUGGUUACGUGGAGGGCGUGCAGAACAACCGCACAGCGCUGCUGGAGGUGGAGAAGUUCAAACACAGGGAGGAGAUGGAAGGAGUGAGGAGGAGGAUGGCUGAGAAACUGGGUCUUCCUCACCACCGCCUCACACUAGAUCUGGUUGAAGCAGCGUUCUUCUUGUGUUCCUAUGAGCUCGCCAUCAAAUCUCUUCACUCUCCAUGGUGUUUCCUGUUUGAUGAGAGGGACGCCAAGGUGCUGGAGUACAAGUCGGACCUGAAGCAGUACUGGAAGCGCUCCCAUGGGCAUGUGAUCAGCAGUUUGUCCAGCUGUCCUCUCUUCCAUCACGUCUUCAGGACUCUUGACAAAGCUGGACGUCCCCGCAGGGCCACGGAGGCGCCCCCGGAGCCAGCCUCCAUCCUGGUGGGGCACGCCGAGACCCUCCUCCCCCUUCUUUCGCUGCUGGGACUCUACAAGGACCAGACUCCACCAACCGCCAGAAACUACCACUCACAGCACGGGAGAAGUUUCCGGACCAGUCAGAUUGUCCCGUAUGCUGCCAACCUGCUCUUCGUUCUGUAUGACUGCCAGCGAGGCCCAAGGCUGCAGCUCCUCAUCAACGAAUCUCCGGUUCGCUUCCCGGGGCUGGAGACAGAGGACAGCCCUCUGUACCGGGAUGUCCGGGCUACAUACCGUCACCUGCUGGACGGCUGUGACUUCCACACCGUGUGUGAGGGGAGGCCUGAAGGCCGAGGACCAAACACUGAGCUCUGAGCGAUGGUGGGAAACAGGUACUGUGAUCCACACUGGUACAACCACAGAAUCCAGUUCAGACAGAAAAACGCAAAUCCAUCAGUCCACCUAUUGAUCUGUGAAUACUGGAACCAGUUCAGCUCAAAUGGAAAAGAUGAGUACAUGACGACACGCUGAGGUUCAUCCUCAUACUCUGAUAUACUGACACUGCGUCACAGUAAGUGAAUCCCCCUCUUUUUGUGCAUAAAAAUUAAAGUGGAAACACUGGAGAGAAAAAGUGUGAAUGAGUGGAAGAAGCGUUUGUGUUCAGUGUAAAAGCCUGGGUGUAAAAAUCAAAGUGACUUUUGUGAAUAAAUGCUGACAUACAUAAAGCUUGUGACUUAACCCUUUACACCAGAGGACGUUCCUUUAAAUUUCACCUGAAAAAAAUCACUCGAUCAAUAACGGCUCCACAUCUGUAAGGUUGGAGUGAACAAUGUGACUUUUGGUUUAGAAUCGCAGAAAGGCUCCGUCGACAUCCCAGCUGGAGUUUCACAGCAGUGUGAAUAGACCCGAUGUGCUCAGACCAGAUCUGGGCCACCUGCGCAUGUGCUCUUAGACCCGAUUCCUCUCCGACCUCUGACUGUGCGAGCGCUGUCACAACGGUCAGAUCAGAAUUCAUGUGGUCGUUUUAACGUCCGCUCCUCUGCAGACCGGUAACAGUAAACAUAGAGGAGAGUGACGACAGCGAUGGGGUCAGUGGAGAGACCAGGAUGUUUCACAUGUGGUGGACAUUUAUGUAGAAGCUUCUGAUCAGGCCAAACUGGAAGGAACAUAUCAUAACUCAGCAGUUUGGGAGGAAACUGGACUGUUUGACCGUCACACACAUGACCUGGUUGUUAUUCUUCGUAUUCUGUCUCCCUGUCCCUGGUGGAAAGGGUAAAAUGUCGCUUGCUGUGAAGAGAUGAAAACCUCAGGUGUGUGUGUGUCGAAUGAUGAGGAGGCUGUGACCUUCCUCACAGAUGAACAUAACAGAAAUGUCAUUUUUCCAUCAUGUUUUCCAUCGUCUGAGCUUCGACCGGAGUCUUUUUAAUCACCUCAUCUUCUGCAGUCGUUUAAUGGCAGCGACUGGAGAAUCGGAACCGCCUGCCGUUUAUCUGUUUAUCUCCAUCAGCCGGUCGGCUCAGAUUCACGCAGCAGUACGGGGUGGAGACGAGACUUCAGUCAGUUUGCUCUGAUUUUCUGUGCUAAACUUCUGAAUCAGUCUGUUUCCACACAUUGUUGUUUGAAUUUGUUGAAGUGACCCUUUACAGUUUUUCUCUAUCGCUUUCAUUCAUUUCUCACAACAGAACUGCAUUUCUCAGAACUACUCGUUCA